AUGGCAGUUCAACCGCCAGGUAACAGCGUCCUUGGUUACGACCAACGAGGAACGUUCCACUCUUCCCUCGUCUCGCCUCAUACAUGCCUCCCCUCCCCCGCACACUGCCUCACAUGCGUGGCGUGGCAGGCAACAGCAGCCAUGUGGAAGACCAACGGGCACAAGUUCAAGCCACACCACGAUGGGCUGCUCGUCAGCUACGACAAGGACGACGGGGAGGAGAAGGGCGGGUGGAGCAUGAGGCAGCGGGUGGAGGAGCGGCAGCGCAAGGCCGAGGCGGACCUCUCCCGCGUGCUCUACCGCUGCGCCGCCUGCACCCACUUCUGCUUCAAGCUAGCGCGCCCCCUAUCGGUGCUCCCGGAGAGGCGCACGGAUGGCAGCAGGGUGGUGGAGGCGGCAACAGACCUGGUCACCAUGAUGGCUGUCAAGGGCGGCCAGAAGCUGCUCAAGAGGGAGAAGGGCGUGGAGCGCCAGUUCCGGUACAACUGUGAGCUGUGUGACGCCUGCAUCGCCUACCGCCCCGUGCCCUAUGAGCAGGACUGCAAGUACAUCUACCUCUUUCCUGAGGUCAGUGCGGGUAUGAGCGGCAGUAAAAUUUGA